UUCAAGUAGCCAAUUUUUGUUGACAAAGUUGAAAAAGGGUAUUUGGCCCAAUUUCUGCUUCCAAAUCUGCUAUAAAAAGGGUUAACAACCAUUUUAGGAGCUGAAUCUCGUUGCGUCGCCGCCGCCGCCGCCGCUUCAACAACUUAUCUCUCAAUCGCUGCUUUGGUGGUUUCAGUUUGAGCACGCUUGCAAUGGGGAGAAGACCGGCUAGGUGUUACAGACAGAUUAAAAACAAACCAUACCCCAAGUCUCGAUUUUGUCGUGGUGUCCCCGAUCCCAAGAUUAGGAUCUAUGAUGUUGGCAUGAAAAGGAAAGGAGUUGAUGAAUUUCCAUUCUGUGUCCACCUUGUGAGUUGGGAGAAAGAAAAUGUGUCAAGUGAGGCUUUGGAAGCAGCUAGGAUUGCCUGCAAUAAGUAUAUGACCAAGUUUGCAGGGAAGGAUGCGUUCCAUUUGAGGGUUCGGGUGCACCCGUUCCAUGUUCUACGUAUUAACAAGAUGCUUUCGUGUGCUGGGGCUGAUAGGCUCCAAACUGGUAUGAGAGGUGCAUUUGGCAAACCACUAGGAACCUGUGCGAGGGUGGACAUCGGUCAGGUUCUCCUUUCGGUUCGCUGCAAGGACAACAACGGACAGAAUGCGCAGGAGGCUCUCCGCCGAGCUAAGUUCAAGUUUCCUGGUCGUCAGAAGAUCAUUGUAAGCAGGAAGUGGGGGUUCACUAAAUUCAGCCGAGCUGAGUAUCUAAAGUACAAGGCGGAGAACAAGAUUCUUCCUGAUGGUGUUAACGCAAAGCUUCUUGGUUGCCAUGGGCCUCUUGCUAACCGUCAGCCUGGAAGAGCUUUUCUAUCUCAAACUGCAUAGACUUGGUCAUUUGUUUUCUUGUUUAAAUUAUUUGGAAUCGAACUGAGCUUCCUUUUUAUACUGUUUUAUUAUCUUCUAUCCUACUAGAUUCGAGUCUUCUCCUUAUAAACUCGUUUGGUUCAUAACUCGAUUCAACUAAACCAAUUGGUUGCUAUUGUAGCGACUU